AUGUACCUCCUCGAUCCACCUGAGGCUUUGCCCCCUAUGAGUACUGAAGCGCUUUAUAGAUAUUUAGGGACUUUGGCUGGCAUGGUUGAGCGUCAGGCUAGAGCUACUGGAAGUAAUGGUCAAGGACAAUCCUCAUCUACUAGGGGUAGCUCCUUUGACGACUUUAAGAAGUUAGGUCCCCCUUACUUUUCUGGUACUUUAGAUCCAGUAGAGGCAGAGGCUUGGAUUAUGAAGAUAGAGAAAUUCUUUAAUGUCAUUGAUUGUUCUGAGGAGCAAAAAGCCUCAUAUGCAGCAUUUAUGCUAGACAAAGAGGCAGACCAUUGGUGGCACAUGACUAAGAGGCUUUUGGAGGAUCAGGGGCCUAUUGUUUGGAGUCAGUUUAGGAAGGCUUUUUAUAAGAAGUACUUUCCUGACAGUGUUCGACGACAAAAGGUGGGAGAGUUUGUCCGUUUGGAACAUGGGGAUUUGACCGUGGCCCAAUAUGAGGCUAAGUUUACCGAACUAUCACGUUUUUCCCCACAGUUGAUUGCUACAGAGGAGGAAAAAACAUUAAAGUUUCAGGAUGGACUGAAGCCUUAUCUAAAGAAUAAGAUAUCAAUUCUGAAACUUAGUGUUUAUUCAGAGGUGGUAGACAGAGCCCUUAUUGCAGAGAAGGAUAAUGAAGAGUUUCACCAGUAUAGGGAACAACAAAGGAAGAGGAAUAGAAGUGAUGGUGCUCAUGGUAACCAAGCACAGAAAAUGUCUGCUCCAAGUAGAAAUCAGAAUAAAGAAAAAGCAGCACAAAAUUUAGAUGGGAUUUGCCCUACUUGUGGCAAGAAGCAUGGGGAGAGUAGGAAGUUUGUAUUUGGAAAUCCUAAGGAGGAGAAUAAAGAUGAUAGACAGAAGCCCAAGGCUCAAGGGCGGGUAUUUGCUAUGACUCAUAGAGAUGCUCAGGCUACGUUUGAUGUAGUGACAGCUUCUUAUCAUGCUUUUGUUGAUUGUUUUGGGAAAAGAGUGACUUUUAGCAUUCCUGAUCAGCCUAAUUUUAGUUUUGAGGGGAAACAUGUGGACAAACCAUUGCGUGUGAUCUCAGCCUUACGAGCUAGUUCUUUGCUCAGGAAAGGCUGUCAAGGCUUUUUAGCUUAUGUUGUGAAUGAGGAAAAUGAUUUAAAGUUGGAAGACAUACCCAUUGUAAGGGACUAUCCUGAUGUCUUUCUAGAGGAUCUACCUAGCUUGCCACCAGAGAAGGAGGUGGAGUUCACCAUUGAUUUGGCACUAGAGACAGCUCCUAUAUCUAAGGCCCCUUAUAGGAUGACACCUAUGGAGCUUAAGGAGUUGAAGAUUCAACUCCAAGAGUUAGAGUUGAAUAAGGUGACGGUGAGGAACAGGUAUCCUCUUCCUCGGAUUGAUGGUUUGUUUGAUCAGCUUCAGGGUGCUUGUGUGUUCUCUAAGAUUGAUCUUUGGGUAUUCAAGUCCUAUCUAGAUCAGUUUGGGGUAGUUUUUAUAAAUGAUAUUUUGGUGUACUCAAAGAGUAAGGAGGAGCAUGAACGUUAUUUGAGUAUUGUAUUACAGACUCUCAGAGAUAAGCAAUUGUAUGCUAAACUCAAGAAGUGUGAGUUCUGGUUAGAUAGAGUUUCUUUCCUUGGGCAUGUGGUGACCAAGGAUGGCAUCUCAGUUGAUCCUGGAAAGGUAGAUGCUGUGUCAAAUUGGAGGAGACCUACUACUGUGACCGAGAUUCGAAGUUUUUUGGGACUGACUGGUUAUUAUAGGCAGUUUAUUGAGGGGUUCUCUAAGAUUGCCCUACCUCUAACCAGUUUGACUCAGAAAGGGGUUAAGUUUGAGUGGUCUGAUGAUUGUGAAUGGAAAGCGAAUGUUGUGGCUGACGCCUUAAACAAGAAAUCCGUUGGUUCCUUAGCAACUAUUAGACGUUGUCAGAGGCUAUUAUUGGGAGAUUUGAGGAGUUUACAAGUUCAUAUCAGAGUUUUAGACUCAAGAGCUCUUGUGGCAAACUUUAGAGUGCAGCCAGACUUAGUUGGGAGAAUUAAGGCCCUACAAAAGAAUGAUUUGAAUUUAGUGCAACUUAUGGAAGAGGUUAAAAAGGGCAGUAAGCCUGACUUUGUUUUAUCAGAUGAUGGGAUUUUGAGGUUUAGGACUAGACUUUGUGUCCCAAAUGAUGGAGACUUAAGGAGAGAGCUUUUGGAAGAAGCUCAUUGUUCUAGGCUUGCGAUCCACCCAAGAGGGACAAGGAUUUGA